AUGAGAAUAACCGAGCAGAUGUUCCAAAAAUUCAUCUUGCAGCAUAUCAUCUGUCGAUUCGACACUCUGCGUCGACUCAUUUCAAAUAAUGGUAGACAGUUCGCCGGACGAAAUCUCAAAGAAUGGUGUGAGGAGUAUGGCAUUCAGCAGACCUUCACCUCCGUAGAAUACCCUCAUAGCAACGGACAGGCUGAAGUCGCCAAUCAGGAGAUCCUGCAGAUUUUCCGAGUUCGACUCGACCACAUCGGAGGUAGCUGGGCAAACGAGCUCCCCGGUGUGCUAUGGGCAAUCCGCACAACCCCCAAGGAAGGAACGGGGGUAACCCCGUUCCACCUGGUGUACGACGGUGAAGCGAUCAUCCCGGUCGAGGUCGGAGUCGAAUCCAAUCGAGUACAACACUACAGCAAAGACAACGCCGAGCGGAGGCUUCUGGAGCUAGACUUUGUGGAUGAAAUGCGCGACAAAGCAGUCGUUCUCCUGAUGACUUAUAGGCAGAGGAUGAGAUAG